ACUAAAUAAAAACGAGUACGUACUCGUUUUCAAUUUAGAAAUACAUCUAUUCGUUUUCCGUACUAACUACCUCGCACCAGGUAAGGGUAGGUACAACUUGUGCAUCUGCUUCAUGUAAAACAGAGMUAAGAAGGUCAAUCAAGAAUAAAGGCACAAGGUUAGAUUCAUACGUCCUCAAUUACGACAUUCCAUUGCAUUCGAGGAUGGUUCCUUCGUCGUCUUGUGUGAUAGGAAUCUGCCACUGGCUUCUGACCGUCGCCACCCUGGCCGAAACCGCGUGGGCACUCUCGUCGCCGUCGCCGUCGUCUUCCAAUGCCGMCGCGGCAGCAAGCAUCGACGCCUCCGGGAUCCGUGCGAUUUCCCUCGAUGUGACGGGGACGCUUCUGGCCACGAGGGAACCCGUCGUCAAGAGCUACCGCGACGCCGCCGUCUGGGCCAGGCUACCGGUGGUUCCGAGCGAAGCCGAGUUCAAGAAGGGAUUUAGGGUGGCCUUUCGAGAGCGAUCGAUCGAGAGCCCGUGUUUCGGGGGCGUGGAGGGGAUCUCCGGCCGCGACUGGUGGCUGGAAACCGUUCGUCGUGUCUUGGAUUGCGCCCUCGCCGAAGGGAGCGACAGUGGCGAAGACAACGAAGGAAACGAAGACACCAGCAGACCACAGCAGCAACAGCAGUAUACGGAAGAGGAGUUCCAGCGAUACUUUCGCCGGGUGUACCAGCAUUUUGGAAGCCCGGCCGGGUACAGACUUUUGGAGGAUGCGGCGUCCUUGCUGUCGGCUCUGCAAGACACCGAGACCGAACACGGCAGCGGACUCAUACUGGGAAUUACCUCCAACACUCCCAUCCGUCACAUGGAAUCCGUUCUGCCCAUGYUGGACUGCCUCCACGAUCGUUUCUCGUGGUUCACCUGCUCCCAGGAGAUCGGCCACGAGAAACCGGCGCCGGAGAUCUUCGGGGACGCCCUGCGGAAAGCCCGGUUCUGGCUGGACGAACCGGACCUCCCGCCGAGUGCGAUCCUGCACAUUGGCGAUUCGCACACCAACGACUACUGYGGCGCGAGGGCGUUCGGCUUCCGGGCGCUCCUGCUCGACAGGAGCGGCCAUCCCGACGUGAAUUCCUACCAGGACUGGCUGGAAGCCCCCGACUAUCCGGGGAAGAGCCCAGAGGAUCUGGAGAAGCACACAAUCACCAGCCUGGAAGAGGUGGCGGGGAUUUUGGGCCUCUAAUCGAAAAGCAGAGCUACUGCCGGAGCAACAAUCCGUGCCAACUCUUCAGGGGGGAUCAAGAAAGCACGAAACGGUCUAUUGGACGGAGCGAUGUGCCGCUAAGUCGUACCGAAGGCAAGYAGMUUGUAAUGCAAUGGUGUGUGGGCGACGGGAACGAUACGGCAUUGCAGAGAGCAAAAACUCCGAUACACGCACGAGAGAGAUACAAACAACAUAUUAUAAGGAUGCUCUUUCAUAHCGUUCCGAUUCGAUUCACGGAUAAUUGUUUGUAUGGAUGCAGGCAUGGCACACACGCUAGAGGUUUCUACUCCGCACGCUCUAGGGCGUAUGACUGUGCUUUGUCUGGGUAGAAGUAUCUUGAAGUAUCUGUUAUGUGACAAUGAGCGAUAUGAAAGCAGGUCUUAAUCCAUCGGGAUGACAUUAGUUCCACUGCCAUUUCUAUCAUUUGCCUCCAUCGAAUUCAUCACAUUUACCGGCACACUCCCUUCGAGCCAGAAAUCGCGAGGAUAGCUAGGAAUGAUGCCAUAAUAAUAUAACAGUUUGGAU